AUGUUACAGAAUCAUUUCAAGAUCAAGGACUUGGGGGAGAUGAGAUACUUCCUUGGUCUUGAAAUUGCAAGGAACACAGAUGGUAUUAUGGUGAGUCAAAGGAAAUUUGCUUUGGAUCUUAUCUCAGAUUUUGGUCUUGCAGGGACCAAACCAAUUAGCACACCUUUGGAAGUCAAUCAAAAAUUCACUAGUCAGGAUUUUUACAUGAAUUGUGAAGCUCGGGAUACACAUGAAGAUGUGAAACAGAAUAUUGUAUCAAGAAGUUCUGCUGAAGCAGAGUAUGGAAGCAUAGCUUAUGUUGUAUCAGAAGUUGUGUGGUUAAUAGGCUUGUACAAAGAGUUGAAGAUAAAGCUGGAAUUACCAGUUAGACUGUUUUGUGAUAGCAAAGCAGCACUUCAAAUUGCUGCUAAUCCUAUAUAUCAUGAAAGAAGUAAUCAUAUAGAGAUUGCAGUGGCUAUCAUUAUUAAAGACAAUAGUUAG